GGACAUAACAUGACACUAUGUGACGUCAGCACAACAACAGUAGCAGGACCGUCUUGCCGAAAAGGUGUGCAUUUGGUCAGCUGGGGUAUAUUGGAUCUCGUUAUGGGAGACGGCGAGAGAUCUCCACUGCUUUCUGAUCUUAAUGAUGGUGUAGCAGGAGGAACAGGAAUAGUAAGCCCAACCUCCACAGGGGGCUCAGGCACCAGCGGGAUGAUUGCUCCCAGUGCGCCACCCUAUGUGCCGCUUAACAAGCCACAAGGCUUUACACAGUUCCCAGAUGGCCUCCCUGCUGUGUUACCGGAUGAAGAUCCGCCUCCGUACUCCCCAAUGACAAGUCCAGAGAGCGGCAGUGCACCUAUGAUAACCUGCCGGGUGUGUCAGUCCCUGAUCAACGUGGAAGGAAAGAUGCACCAGCAUGUGGUCAAGUGUGGUAUCUGCAAUGAGGCAACGCCCAUCAAGAACGCUCCCCCUGGAAAAAAAUAUGUCCGGUGUCCUUGUAACUGUCUUCUCAUCUGCAAAGUGACAUCUCAGAGAAUUGCUUGUCCGAGGCCGUAUUGUAAAAGAAUUAUUAAUCUAGGUCCAGUCCAUCCGGGUCCUGCCAGUCCAGAACCUCAGCCUGUGGGAGCCCGUGUCAUCUGUGGCCAUUGUAAUACUGCUUUCCUGUGGACAGAGUUUACAGACAGAACAUUAGCCCGCUGCCCACAUUGCCGAAAAGUCUCCUCCAUCGGCAGGCGGUACCCUAGGAAGAGGUGUAUCCUGUGCUUCCUGAUGGGAUUCGUGAUUGCUGCAUGUGCUGCUGGACUUGUUGCUGGAACUGUACAUCAGGCAAAAUUGCAUAAAGGAAUAUAUGCCUCUUGGGUCAUUGUCAUCUUGUUAGCAGCUAUUUGCAUGGGCCGGGCUAGUUACUGGGCGUGCAUGAAAGUCAGUCAUCCUAUCCAGAACUUGCCUUGAAAGGCACUGGCUUGGCGAAGAACUACCCCCCUGUCUUUUCCCUUUCUUCAUCCCAAGUGGAAGGCCUUCAGAGUUGAGGCACGCAUGACGUGGAAGGCACCGAAAAGUGUUUGGAAACUGGCAGAAGAUUUCCAAGAAGUGCAGUCUUUUGAGAGAUGACUGCAGAUGAUUGGACUUUUUAAAUGCUUUUACCCCUCGCCUUCCUUCAUUCCUGUAGGCCAACCUGAGCAGAAAUGCAGAGGAUAGUCCCUUGGCUUUGGGUCCUGUAGAAGCAAGCUGUGGUUGUUGAAGGUCCUAGUUGUAGGGCCUGUAAAUUAAACAGUAGACUGAGGUGCUUUACAGUUCCAGUUGUACUGCUUGUUGGUGCUUCUUUUCCAGUUACUUUUGUUUGUGAUUAAUGUGCACUUAACAAGCAUCUAGCACCACCUACAGUCUGCAGUGGGAAGCUCUGCCAGUGGAAAGUUGUAUGCUUUCACUGGGCAGUUCCAGAAGAGAAUGUUGUUUGUGUGCAUUGAUAUGUUCUGGACAUUUAGAUUUUGGUACAGAAUGACAUCAGUGAAGGGGGAAAUACUUUAGGGAUUAUAAACCAAUGAGCAUUUAAAGCACUGAACUUGUAAUUAAGUCAUUGGCUGUAGUCUGUCCAACCUAGCCUUCUGCCCCCCAUCCGCACCAUGGCCUUUGAUCAGCAAGGGGUCUGGCUGGUAGUGAAACAUUCCCAAUAGUAUUAGAAAUACUGCAGUAAAGAUGAUGGUCUUUUGUA